GUCUUGUGUGCAAUAUAGCAGACAUUUAGUCACUUAAGGAAACGCCAAAGAUAACAACAUGUAUUUCCUCCUGGCUGCAAUAUUUUCACUACAAGUUUGGUUGCCGGAAGUGGCGAGGUGUCAGGAUGUACCAGCAGGCAUCACACAGUCGCUCAUGGUGUUGAUCCAGGAAGAAACAACCAUUCGACACAGACUGGAGCAGGAUCUUGCAAAGCUGGCGCAAGAUAUGACAGAGCUAAACAACCUUCAAAAUAAUGUGACAUGUGGGUGCCCCGGUAGACAUCCGCCCGUGGCGUUUUCCGCCGUGCUGACACACGACAUUGCCUCCCUUGGCACCCAGCAACAGGUCCCAUUUGACAAGGUCAUCACAAACCUCGGAAAUGCAUAUGACAACAGACACGGGGAAUUCCGGGCUCCAUAUGACGGCACCUACGAGUUCUCUGUCUCCCUGUACAUGAGGGCUGCCCGAUGGGCGGGACUUGAAAUCAUGCGAGACGGUCAGGCGGUGAGCAAGGUGCGCACUGGUGACAACAGCCAGUACAGCAUGGCGGGGACAACUGUCACUUUGGAGCUGAAGGCCGGCCAGGACAUCUGGGUCCAGCACAUCGCAGAGUCUGACAGCAACGCCAUCGAUGGUGCCAUGUUCCCAACUUUCUCUGGACAUCUUAUUCAGAUGUGAUUACUUGAGUUUGGGUCGAAUAAAGCUUUGACAUAUUUUAACAUAAGGGUGCAUGUAUAAAAAUGUCAUCAAUGCCGCGAUGUUCCUAACAUUCUCCAGGUAGCUCAUGUAAAUCUGAAGUUGUGUUUUUGUUUUGUUAUUUCCCCGAAAGAUGGGCAUAUAGCAAUCGCCCUGUCAGUAACUUCCCCUGUGUUAGUCUGUUACAACUUUACAACUUCGUAAACCUUGAUGUGUAUUCUGUCAAUUUAUAUUUCACGAUGUGGCAAUUUGUAAGCCACCCUAAUUUCUCAAAACUUCUUAAGUAGCCUAUUUCAUUUAGCAAAAUUUCUUACCUGGUUUUGAUAAAUAAAACUUAUUUUUUUAUGAUUAUCAGACAGAAAACUUUACUAAACAGUCAAAAUACUUCCUUAAAAGGAACUAUUUCAAAAAAUUACAGAAGAACAAAAAUAGUGAGAUUAGCUUAAUCGUGUUAUAAUCGACUUAUGGAGUUUCGCGAAAUCGGCCCAGUGCAUUAGAGCCAUCUUAGCCAAUUGAGAUUCUUUUUGAUACAAAAUUAAUGUUAAAUCAGCUCCUAAUUAGAAAUGCUACCAUCGUAAUUAAUUGCUGAUACCCAGCGGAAAGUGAUCCGACGACAAAAAUUGUACCAGUAUUGUGAUUUAUUUGCUUAAUUCUUCUACAGUGGAUCACAGUCAACUGAUAAUCUUUGAUAGCCUAUAUUCGUAAACAGGGCUUCUAAAUUUUUUAAAUUGACCAACAAGGAUGUUUUCACCAUAUUUUCUUAAAAUGGUGCAAGCGGUGCACCCAGCAAUUUUUGAAAGUUGGCAUGGUCACACUCGUGAAAUAUUUAAAGACAUUCAGUAUGUCUGAAUGCGAUAAUCCGAAUACUCAUUUUUGGCCAAGGACCAUAUGAUAUGGCAAUCAAAUAAUGAUCUCGAAGCAAGUUUGGAAAGUAUAAUUUCUCCAUAAAAUAAUCAAUUAAAUAAAUAUUGGGUGUUAUCAG